AUGGGUGAUGAGUCAGUACCGUAUUUGCUGGGUGAAGGAACCACUAAAACGUAUCAAAUACCUAUUAGUCAUCUGGACUACAAAUUCAUUGAAAAAUGCACUGAUGUUAAGCACCUGGAAAAGAUUCUCAGGGUAUUAAGGUCUGGUGAGGAGGGGUGUUACCCUGAACUUACAUUGGUUUGUGAAAAGCGUAUUGAGCAUUUGGAUCCAAGGAGCAGAGCUCUGAGAAAAGAUAAGCCUGCAGCCACAGCUUCUGAUUUCACAGCUGAAGAAUGGGAAGCAAUUAAUAGUGAACUGAUGAGCUGGCUGACGGAAAUGAAUGAAGAUGAUAAAAAAUCACAGCUCCUGAGAACAGACACACUGAAUGAAAGACAAGAUAACUUGCCUCCCAUUCGUUGUUCCAGCAGCUGCCUUUCCACUAAUCAGAACAAAAAAUUGCAAAACAAACGAAGCAAGAAAAACAUACCACGGGAUUAUAGUGAAUGGGACAAGUUUGAUGUGGAAAAGGAAUGUUCUAAAAUUGAUGAAGACUGUGAAGAAAGUAACUCAAAAGCAAGAUUCUUCAGCAGGCCAAGUCUAGCUGCAAUUGAAAAGAAAAUUGACACAACUGGAAUGACAAAGAGAGAGAAAAUUUUUAUUGCUACUCGUGAAAAAGAAAAGGGCAAUGAAGCCUUUGCCACUGGCGAUUAUGUGGAAGCAGUGACAUAUUACACUCGGAGUAUAUCAGUAAUACCGACUGCAGCUGUGUAUAAUAACAAAGCUCAAGCAGAAAUCAAACUUCAGGACUGGGACAGUGCUUUGCAGGAUUGUGAGAAGGUUCUAGAUAUGGAACCUGGCAACAUAAAAGCUUUGAUGCGUUGUGCCACUGUACACAGUCAUCUGCAGAAUUACCAGACAGCUAUAGAGGAUCUGAAUAAAGUGCUGUCUGUUGAACCAGAAAACUCUAUGGCUAAGAAAAGUCUACUAGAGAUUGAAGAGAAACUGAAAGGUUUAAACCCUGUAUCUGGGCCUCCAGGCAAAGGAAAAAAAAUACUUAUUCAAGAGAUAGAAGAUUCAGAAAAUGGUGAAGGAAGAGGGGAAAAUACAGAAGAAUUUGAAAGACGUGAUGGAGAUAAAACCUCCGCCGCGCCAGCGGCAGCGCGGGCGGCAGCCGGGGAGCCCGCCAUGGGCAACGCGCACAGAAAGUCCCACGGCAAAGGCGGCGGCAAGGCGCACGACAGAGACACGCACAAACAGAAGGAGUCCGCCGAGAGCGGAGGAAAAAAAGGCCCGUCGGAGAAGUCAGAAAAGCAUUUGUCAGACCAUGAAGGCGAAGUUAAUGGCUAUUUACGCAGUCGUGAGAAGAGUGAAAGCGCCGAAGCCGAGGAGCUCUGCAAGUCGCAUAGAGGAGGGUCUCAGUCGGCUGGUGGUGGCAGUUCCAAUUCGCUUCCUCCUACUGCAGCAAAACUAAAAAGUGAAGGAAACGAGUUAUUUAAGAGUGGACAGUUUGGAGAAGCUGUGCUCAAAUACUCGGAAGCAAUUGAGUGUGUCGCUGGUCUAGGAGAACAAAGUCCAGACGAUUUAAGUAUCUUGUACUCAAACAGAGCAGCAUGUUACCUUAAAGAAGGGAACUGCAGUGACUGCAUUCAGGAUUGUAACAGAGCUCUGGAGCUUCAACCAUUUUCCCUUAAGCCUCUUUUACGCCGAGCAAUGGCAAAUGAGUCAAUGGAGCGGUAUCGGCAGGCGUACAUUGAUUAUAAAACAGUGCUACAGAUAGACAGCAGCAUCCAAGCAGCAAAUGAUAGUGCUAACAGAAUAACAAAGACUUUAAUAGAUCAGGAUGGUCCCAGUUGGAGGGAGAAGUUGCCACCAAUUCCAGUUGUUCCAGUUGCUGCUCAGCUACACAGGUGGGAUGGAGGAAGCCUUCCUUCAGAGAAUAAGCCAAGUACUACAGACCUCAACAGAGAAGAACAAUUGCAGAUGAAUCGUGAGGAAGCUAUGGAAAAGUUCAAGAGGUUGAAAAAUGAAGGGAAUGAUUUUGUAAAAACGGGUGAAUAUGAAAAAGCCGCAAAUAAAUACAGUGAGUGCAUGAAGUUAAAUACUGAGGAAUGUACUGUCUACACUAACAGAGCUCUCUGUUACUUGAAACUGUAUAAAUAUGAAGAGGCUAAGCGGGAUUGUGAUCAUGUUCUUCAGAUAGAAGAUUCUAAUAUUAAAGCUUUUUAUAGAAGAGCACUAGCGUACAAAGGAUUACAGAAUUAUCAAGCCAGUGUUGAUGAUUUCAACAAAGUACUUCUAAUAGAUCCAAAUGUUCUUGAAGCACAAAAGGAAUUAGAGGAGGUAACCCAACUGCUUCACCUUGACAGCAGUGCUGGAGCUGUCAGUCAGCAAACACGAGGGAAGAAAAUAACCAUACAAGAGGUGACUGAAGCUGAUGAACAGGAAGAGAGACAGUUGGCUACAUCAGAAGAUGCUGAGACUCACCAUGUUCCUGCUGAGGAGGCUGUUCCAAAGCGAGUGCCACAGAGGUCCUCGGAGAAACUCCGUGUUUGGGAACCAUCCAAUGCUUAUGACUUUGGUCAGAUCAUAAAUGCAGUGAAUGCCAAUAAGGAUAAAGCUGCUUGUGCAGAUCUUUUAACUAUUACUGAUCCAAAAACAUUGCCGGUGCUGCUAAGUAACAAACUUGAAGGAGAAAUCCUUCUGAUUUUUAUCCAGUCAUUGGAACAUUACAUAGCUGGAAAAGAUCCUGGCCUUGCAUAUCAGCACCUUUUCUACUUGAGCAAAGCAGAAAGAUUUAAGGUGGUGCUGGCCCUUCUUAGCAAAAAGGAAAAAGAAGAGGUGCAGCAAUUAUUUGACGUACUUUCAGAAAGCCAGAGUGAUCAGUACUCAUUGGAACAUCUUGAGAGCCUUAAAAAGGUUUAUGAACUUUGAGAAGUUAAAGUUUAUUGUCUGCAUGCAUAUAGUUCAUGUUAGAAGAUGAAUGAUUGAACUCUGCAGACUUGCCUGGGUUCAAGUGGGUCUUUACCUGCUGGAAUUGUAUCUUGUUUUGACAGCAUAUGCACAUUUAAAAUUUGCUGUUCUUUUCUUCUUGUAGUUGUAUACAUCUAUAUAAUUUUAUGCCCAUCUGUGUUCAGUAACAGAGUUAAUUUCAUUUGGCAUACUGAUUUUAUUUAGACUCAGAAAAAUAUAUUUUACAUUAUACAUGCAGUAUGAAAUACCUUCAUGGUACAGUAGGUACACGUUUAGUCAUCACUUUUUACAUCAUUUUGUGAGUUCUGUGUUCUUGUGAUAAAGAAGUGACUUCAAGACAGAUGGGUCAGAUAGCAGUAACUUUGCUAAAAUGAGUUUACAAAAAGUAUUAACAUUUUUCAGAAAACUCCCGUGGGACAUCUGUUUGUUCACUAUUCCUGGCCUGUACAAAACAGAUUUAAAUAUUUUGGCUCAAUACAUCUUAACAAAAAAGGUGAAUGAACUAUAUAUUGUCAUGGAAACAGUUAUUAAAUGGAUGGGUAUUUUUUAACAAGUGAGUAAUUUUUAGUGCACAGAGAACUUUUUUCCUGUGUGUGCAGGAGUAUGUCUGGUUUUCUGACUUUUUUUAGGCAGUGACAGAAGAACAAAUGGCUGCACUUCACAAUAGAAAUAUUUAACUUUUGAGUUUUGUAAUCAGAUUAUUUAAAAUACCAGCUAUUUCUGUUUACAGAUAUA